AUGAGCUUUUUCCGACUCCUGAUGAAAAAGAAGGAACUUAUUCCUCUGGCGCUGAUUAUGACCGUCGCAGCGAGCGGAGCCUCCUCUUUCGCUGUCUACUCCCUCCGAAAAUCCGAUGUGAUCACUGAUAGAAAAAAUCCAGAACCUUGGGAGACUGUGGAUCCUACUGUACCGCAAAAGCUAAUAACAGUCAACCAACAAUGGAAGCCCAUUGAAGAGCUGCAGAAGGCCAGAAAGGCGACCAAAUGACCAGCUAUGGUUCCUAUCUUCC